CGACGACGCUGACAGCCCGCCCCGACGCGCCUCGGGUGCCCCAGUCCGCCGAGCUCUGCGCAGCGGCUGCCGGAGCUGAGCGGCCGCCCCGCGCCCCUCCCGCCGUCCGCGCCGCCUUCGGAGCCGCGGCGCCGGCGCCCUGGGUCUGGCUGGAGGGCGGACCCCGGACCGAGUGCGAGACUUUUUUUUUUACCCCCCCUUCCUUUUCCUAUUAUUUUUUAUUUUUCGGAGAAAGGGCAGUUGCGUCCCAAAGCAAAGGAAUGAAGUCUGGCAUCGGAGUGCCCUGGACCUCGGCGUGGGGGCUCCUGUUUCUCUGCGCCGCGCUCUCGCUCUGGCCGACGACGGGAGAAAUCUGCGGGCCGGGCAUCGACAUCCGCAAUGACUACCAGCAGCUGCGGCGCCUGGAGAACUGCACGGUCAUCGAGGGCUACCUGCACAUCCUGCUCAUCUCCAAGGCUGAGGACUACCGCAGCUACCGCUUCCCCAAGCUCACCGUCAUCACCGAGUACCUGCUGCUCUUCCGUGUGGCUGGCCUCGAGAGCCUGGGCGACCUCUUCCCGAACCUGACGGUCAUCCGCGGCUGGAAGCUCUUCUACAACUACGCGCUGGUCAUCUUCGAGAUGACCAACCUCAAGGACAUUGGCCUGCACAAUCUACGGAACAUCACGCGCGGCGCCAUCCGCAUCGAGAAGAACGCGGACCUCUGCUACCUGUCCACGGUCGACUGGUCCCUCAUCCUGGAUGCCGUGUCCAACAACUACAUCGUGGGCAACAAGCCGCCCAAGGAGUGUGGGGACCUGUGUCCGCGCACGACCGAGGAGAAGCCGCUGUGUGAGAAAACGAGCAUCAACAACGAGUACAACUACCGCUGCUGGACCCCCACGAGCUGCCAAAAAACGUGCCCGAGUUCAUGUGGGAAGCGGGCUUGCACAGACGAUGACCAGUGCUGUCACCCCGAGUGUCUGGGCGGCUGCACCGCACCCGACAACGACACAGCCUGCAUUGCCUGCCGCCACUAUUACUUCAACGGCCUGUGUGUAACCCAGUGCCCACCCAACACCUACCGCUUCGAGGGAUGGCGCUGCGUGGACCGCGACUUCUGUGCCAGUAUCCCCAAUGCCGAUAUCACUGAAGUGGACGGCUUCGUCAUCCACCAGGGCGAGUGCAUGCAGGAGUGCCCCUCUGGCUUCAUUCGCAACAGCACCCAGAGCAUGUUCUGCGUCCCCUGUGAGGGCCCUUGCCCCAAAGUCUGUGAGGAAGAGAAGAGGACGAAGACCAUCGACUCGGUGACUUCUGCCCAGAUGCUGCAGGGAUGCACCAUUUUCAGGGGGAACCUGCUGAUUAACAUCCGUCGAGGCAACAAUAUCGCCUCGGAGCUGGAGAACUUCAUGGGGCUCAUCGAGGUGGUGACGGGCUAUGUGAAGAUCCGCCACUCACAUGCGCUGGUGUCGCUGUCCUUCCUGAAGAGCCUCCGCCAGAUCGGGGGAGAGGAGCAGCUGGAGGGGAAUUACUCCUUCUACGUGCUGGACAACCAGAACCUGCAGCAGCUGUGGGACUGGGAGCACCGCAACCUGACCAUCAAGGCCGGCAAGAUGUACUUUGCCUUCAACCCCAAGCUGUGUGUCUCCGAGAUUUACCGCAUGGAGGAGGUGACAGGCACCAAAGGACGUCAGAGCAAAGGGGACAUCAAUACCAGGAACAACGGGGAGAGAGCCUCCUGUGAGAGCGACGUCCUGCACUUCACCUCCACCAGCACCUGGAAGAACCGGAUCAUCAUCACAUGGCACCGGUACCGCCCUCCAGAUUACCGGGACCUCAUCAGCUUCACCGUCUACUACAAGGAAGCGCCCUUCAAGAAUGUGACUGAGUACGAUGGACAGGACGCCUGUGGCUCCAACAGCUGGAACAUGGUGGAUGUGGACCUGCCGUCCAACAAGGAUGUGCAGCCGGGGAUCUUGCUCCAUGGCCUGAAGCCCUGGACGCAGUACGCUGUGUACGUCAAGGCCGUGACCCUCACCAUGGUGGAGAACGACCACAUCCGGGGCGCCAAGAGCGAGAUCCUGUACAUCCGCACCAACGCCUCAGUGCCCUCCAUCCCCCUGGACAUCCUGUCGGCUUCCAACUCCUCGUCACAGCUCAUCGUCAAGUGGAACCCGCCCUCCCUGCCCAAUGGCAACCUGAGCUACUACAUCGUGCGGUGGCAGCGCCAGCCCCAGGACAGCUACCUGGCCCGGCACAACUACUGCUCCAAAGGCCGGGCGGACAAGAUCCCCAUCCGGAAAUAUGCCGACGGCACCAUCGACAUCGAGGAGGUGACGGAGAACCCCAAGACCGAGGUGUGCGCUACUGAGAAGGGACCGUGCUGUGCCUGCCCCAAGACGGAGGCCGAGAAGCAGGCGGAGAAGGAGGAGGCCGAGUACCGCAAAGUCUUCGAGAACUUCCUGCACAACUCCAUCUUCGUGCCCAGACCCGAGAGGAAGCGGAGAGAUGUGUCUUCGGGCACCAACGUCACCCUGCCCCUCCGAGCCCGGAACAGCUCGGCCGACGGCUACAUCAUCUCAGAUGAGGACGACGACGCGGAAUUCCCAUUCUACGAGAGCCGGGUGGAUAACAAGGAGCGCACGGUCAUCUCGAACCUGCGGCCCUUCACGCUCUACCGCAUCGACAUCCACAGCUGCAACCACGAGGCCGAGAAGCUGGGCUGCAGCGCCUCCAACUUCGUCUUUGCCAGGACCAUGCCUGCAGAAGGAGCAGAUGACAUCCCUGGCCAUGUGACCUGGGAGCCGAGGCCCGAGAACUCCGUCUUCCUAAAGUGGAACGAACCCGAGAACCCCAAUGGCUUGAUCCUGAUGUAUGAGAUCAAGUAUGGAUCCCAGACAGAGGACCAGCGGGAGUGCGUGUCCCGUCAGGAGUACAGGAAGUAUGGAGGGGCCAAGCUCAGCCGCCUGAACCCUGGGAACUACACAGCUCGCAUCCAGGCCACCUCCCUCUCCGGGAAUGGGUCGUGGACUGAGCCUGUGUUCUUUUACGUCCCAACCAAAAAGACCUACGAGAGUUUCUUCCAGCUGAUCGUUGCGCUGCCCGUGGCCGUCCUGCUCAUCGUUGGGGGCCUGGUGAUCAUGCUGUAUGUCUUCCACAGGAAGCGCCGCCUGGGCAAUGGGGUCUUGUACGCCUCCGUGAAUCCUGAGUACUUCAGUGCCGCUGAUGUGUACGUGCCCGAUGAGUGGGAGGUGGCCCGGGAGAAGAUCACCAUGAACCGUGAGCUGGGCCAGGGCUCCUUCGGGAUGGUCUACGAGGGCGUGGCCAAGGGCGUGGUGAAGGACGAGGCAGAGACCCGGGUGGCCAUCAAGACCGUGAAUGAGGCGGCCAGCAUGCGGGAGAGGAUCGAGUUUCUCAACGAGGCCUCGGUGAUGAAGGAGUUCAACUGCCAUCACGUGGUGCGACUGCUGGGCGUGGUGUCCCAGGGCCAGCCCACACUGGUCAUCAUGGAGCUGAUGACCCGCGGGGACCUCAAAAGCUACCUCCGCUCUCUGAGACCGGAAAUGGAGAAUAACCCCGUGCUGGCGCCCCCUAGCCUGAGCAAGAUGAUCCAGAUGGCCGGUGAGAUCGCUGAUGGCAUGGCAUACCUCAAUGCCAACAAGUUUGUCCACCGUGACCUGGCUGCCCGCAACUGCAUGGUGGCUGAAGAUUUCACUGUCAAAAUCGGAGAUUUCGGAAUGACCAGAGACAUCUAUGAGACUGACUAUUACCGCAAAGGAGGGAAGGGGCUGCUGCCGGUGCGCUGGAUGUCCCCCGAGUCACUCAAGGAUGGCGUUUUCACCACUCACUCUGAUGUCUGGUCCUUCGGUGUGGUCCUUUGGGAGAUAGCUACACUGGCCGAGCAACCGUACCAGGGUCUGUCCAACGAGCAGGUGCUGCGUUUUGUCAUGGAAGGUGGCCUCCUGGACAAGCCGGAUAACUGCCCCGACAUGCUGUUCGAGCUCAUGCGCAUCUGCUGGCAGUACAACCCCAAGAUGCGGCCUUCCUUCCUGGAGAUCAUCUGCAGCAUCAAGGACGAGCUGGAGCCCGGCUUCCGCGAGGUCUCCUUCUACUACAGCGACGACAACAAGCCGCCCGAGGCCGAGGAGCUGGAGCUGGAGCUGGAGCCCGAGAACAUGGAGAACGUGCCGCUGGAUCCCGACGCCUCGACCCUGUCGCUGCCGCUGCCCGAGCGCCCGUCGGCCGCUGCCGCGCUCUUGGAGAACGGCCCGGGCCCCAGCGUGCUGCUGCUGCGCGCCAGCUUCGACGAGCGCCAGCCCUACGCGCACAUGAACGGCGGCCGUGGCCGCAACGAGCGCCCGCUGCCGCUGCCCCAGUCCUCCACCUGCUGAGCCCCCCACCGGCCUCCUGUACCUCAGUGGC